CCCCAGGUGGUCGCGGCGGGCUGGGCGCGGCCUAGCGCUGUCCUUGCGCGGUGCGGGACGCCUCGGUUCUGUCGCUCGGCUGCAGCGAACGGACGCGGAGGUAGCAGGAGAGCAGCGGCCAGGCGGGCGGCGUUGACCAUGUUGUGUCGGGCGGCGUGCGGUGCGGGCGGGAGGCUGGCCCCGGCGGUGGGCGUCCUGGGGUCCCGGCAGAAGCACAGCCUCCCCGACCUGCCUUACGACUAUGGCGCGCUGGAGCCGCACAUCAACGGGCAGAUCAUGCAGCUGCACCACAGCAAGCACCACGCCACCUACGUGAACAACCUGAACGCCACCGAGGAGAAGUACCGCGAGGCGCUGGCCAAGGGAGAUGUUACGGCUCAGGUAGCUCUUCAGCCGGCGUUGAAGUUCAAUGGUGGAGGACAUCUUAAUCAUGCCAUUUUCUGGACGAACUUGAGCCCUAAUGGUGGUGGAGAACCCAAAGGAGAGUUGCUGGAAGCUAUCAAACGUGACUUUGGGUCUUUUGAGAAGUUUAAGGAGAAGCUGACAGCUGUGUCUGUUGGCGUCCAAGGCUCAGGCUGGGGCUGGCUUGGCUUCAAUAAGGAGCAGGGACGCUUACAGGUUGCUGCCUGCUCUAAUCAGGACCCAUUGCAAGGAACAACAGGCCUUAUUCCACUGCUGGGGAUUGAUGUGUGGGAGCAUGCCUAUUACCUUCAGUAUAAAAACGUCAGACCUGAUUACCUGAAAGCUAUUUGGAAUGUGAUCAACUGGGAGAACGUAGCUGAAAGAUACUCCGCUUGCAAGAAGUAAAGCAUUAUCAUCAUCCUGAGUGCUGAGCUCCAUAUGACCAUUUUGUAGUAGUAUAGAAUACUUUGAUAAGUAAUAGACUGCUUUAUUGUCACAUUGAUGUUGCUUGUCCACAGAUUUGAUAAACAUGUUAUAAAUAAUUCCUAUUUUAAAUUAAAUUUUAUUAUUAGGCGACUGUUUGAGAACAGUAUGUGCUCUGUGUGAAUUACUCCUGAUUUAACAUUUUCUUUGAAGUGCCAAAAUUGCUAACAGGUUGUAACUGUCAUCAUGAGACCAUCAAAAAUAUUCCAUCCCAAGCCAGGCAUGGUGAUGCAUGCCUUUAAUGCCUGCACUUGGGGGCCAAAGAAGAGAGGAUCUCUGUGAGAUUGAGGCCAGCCUGGUCCACACAGUGAGUUCCAGGCCAGCUGUGGCUACAGGGAGACCCUGCCUCAAAAAAAACAAAAGAAAAACUAAAAGAAAACUUCCAUCUCUAGGUUUUGGCCUGCAAGGGAGUCUUUGCAAUCUUGUUCUAUUGCAGUUAUAGAAAAUCUCGUCUUUUUGCCCCAGUUAUUUAAAAACAAUCGAAAACUAAAUAUUUCCCUUUUGCAUUUAAAAUUGCUCUUUUGUAAGUAAUCUGUGUUUAGUGAUAUUUCUGGUGGAAUUUAUUUAUGGUUACAGUUACACAUGGGAAACCAUUUUGCCAUUUGAAAUAUGCAACUUGAGGGUGUGGAUAUAAUGUUCCUUGGUAGAGCUCUUGUUUGUCUUGUGCAAGGCCCAGGUCCUAGGUUCAAACAAAUCAACGAAUCCCAAGUGACUUGAUUAUUAAUUGGGAACCGCUAUGAAGAGGAGAUUAAUUGUGCAUCUGGGUUUUUCUAUAGGCAGAAGUGUAAAAAUCUUUAAGUUUGUCCUUAAACAUAAAUUAUGAAAGUGCUCAAGAUGGACAAAUUAGGGCCUGACUGAUGAUGUCAACCAUGGGGACUAGGCCAGAGGGCAUUCUGGGUAGGCACGGGUGUCCCCUUCAGAUCAUUUGUUUUCAAAGACUGUUUUUCAUGACAUUGUGAUUUGUGUGGGGGUUGUUUUUGCUUUUCAAGAGUUUUUAGCCACUAGAGGAGCUUUGCAUUGUUUCUCAAUAAAGAGAAGCCCUUCCCGUGACAGUGUUCUGAUCACGUGCUUGUAUAGCUCUGCAUGUAGGGUUGUGUACUGUGUAAAGGCGCCUGGGAGCCUUGUAAAUUCAGCUAAGCACAGUCAUGUGUUUUUACACUUUGUUUCACCAUCUUCCUAUUCUGUUUAAUGACUAUACAAUUUAUCAGUUAGACAUGUCCUGAUCUAGUUCAUAGUUCUAUUACUGAAUAUUUUCUUUGUGUUUAAUUGUUCUUUAUUACCAAAUAAUGGUGCUCAGAAACCCUGUGCACAUGUAAGUUUUACUUCCUAUUGGGAUAGUUUAUAUUGACUUUUUUCUUAAACCUAGUUAGUAAUUUGACCCAAAUUUGUUUUUUAAUCCUUUUUUUUUCUUCAUGGAAAAAUGGAGUAACUUAGCAGUUUCAAUAUUGAAGACUGAAAUUAAAAAAAUACAUAUUUAAAUUCAAGGCGCUUUUUCAGAGCUCUGUAGAAGGUAUUUGGGCCUUCUGAAUGUCAGCGUUGGUGGUGUUCUUGAUGACUAUGUGCUUAUGCUUGUGGGUCGAAGAACUUUGAAGGCUGUGAGUAGCAUCCUUUACAUGCGCAGUGAUGUGAAUUUCUUAGAGAGCAAAUGAGUCUUGUGGUUGCCACUUGCCUUUGUUUACAAGGCAGUGAGCGCUGGUUAAACAGACCUAGGAAAGUGGUAGAUGGAUGGACUUUUCAAUACAAGUCUGUUGGAUCAGAGUUUAUCUUGAACUAACAAAGAGACUACUGACUUACAAAACUUUGACUCCUACUAAGUGUUCAGAUUUCAAAAAAAUUCAAUGUUGAAAUUUCUAUGAGGCUCUAUUUUUGCUUUGGCUCCGUGUUGACGAGGACAAGGGAGCAUACUGUCUGCCAUUGUCAGGGUCUUCCUCCUUGCCAUAUAGAUUUUAAGAGACCAAGACAAUUUAAAAUUAAAGACUUAAUCAUCCAGGGGAAAAUGAGACUUAGAUUAUUUAGCUGUCUCCUUGUAAAAGAAAUAGAGACAAGUAAAUUGAUGUUUUUUUUUUUUUUGAAAGAAAUAAAUACUGUUCUUUCAGGAAGGGGUGUGUGUGUGUGUGUACAGUGUAUGCCCCAGGCAGAACUGAACUUGGCAAAUGUUAGCAUGGUCAGCACUGGAGGGAAACAAGGAAGCAAAGUGUUUUCUUUGAAGUAGUGUCUGUUGCUUGAGCUGUUGUGUAUUAAUUAAACUUUGAAGUUCAGAAACAGCUUUAUUGUACCUGAAAUUCUUGGUCUUAAAGUGAGAUCUGAAUUUCUGUUGAGCACUUUAGAAAAAAGUAGUAUCAGAACCACACAGUCUAAGAUGAUGUGGGCUGUGUGUGAGUCACAGCUAAAAUUAGAUAUAAAUAUUAGUUUUAUUUUGUGUUUUAAUUUUAGGUAAAUGACUUUUAAUAAAUUGCAGUUCUAUCCCUGCCUACUUCGAGCUAAUAUUGUCUUCUGAUCAUCAUGUUUAGUACACACUGAAAAGCCUAAAAGUUCCUGGAUAGUUUUCGUUCAGUUAUUCAUUAAAGAAGCGUUUAUUUUCUCAUUGUAAGUGUGAAGCAUUUUUGAUUGUUAAUUAAAAAAAAUCUGUCAACUA